AUGCCAGUCACUAGUACUGAUAUUGUCACAACUACUGUGUCCAAGCUGACGACGAAAGUGCCACUUCCAGACGAAUCGUCGUCGUCAGGGCUAGUCUUUUUAUCAAUAAUCCUAUUUGUGGUGGCAGUAGCAGUCAUUGCGAAAAUUAUCUACAGCAACAAGAAAAGGCGAAGUGACCUAAUCGGGGGAACAGCCCGUUGGAGGCUAGCUGCAUCUCAACAGAGCGGAGCGGGUCCUCAACAAACAGCUGCCAAUUAUGCUCCAAUGGGUGGUGUAAGGCAAACAAAUACUACGAAUGGUCUGGACACCCCGGGUCCUGACAGACUGGAUUGGGAACGGCAGUUUUUCGAUGACACGGAGGCAACGGUAUGUUGCGCGUUCCAAGCCUAA